CAAUUGUUGCUUCGUUAAAGAGCCUCAAUGUCAUGCCGUAAUGUAUUCGCCGGAAUGUUCGUCGAAAUGCAGCAAACUUGUUUAUAGGUUGAAGCAAAUGCUAGAAAGGGCACUCACGAGGCAAGAUUCAAACACGACGUAUAAUUUAAUCAAAGAAACGAUAGUUUACAUGGAAUGUGGCAUGGAUGUAUCUGCCUUGUUUAAUGAGGUUAUCAUGGCAUGCGAAACAAAUAAUUUAAAUCAAAAAAAACUUGUCUAUCAAUACUUGGUCCACCAUGCCUACACAAAUAGCGAACUGGUUUUGAUGGCCGUCAAUACCAUACAAAAGGACUUUAAUUCCAAUGUAUCUGUCGUUCGGGGUCUAGCUCUGCACUCUGUAUGCUCUUUUCAAAAUCUAAGUUUUCUGGGAUAUGUCUUGCCUAACUUGAAAAAGGGCCUGUAUGACCAAGAUGAAUACGUAUGUCAGGUCGCUGCAUUGGGCUGCUCCAAGCUGUUUCCGAUAGCCAAAGAGCAGAUUCUACAGUCAGAAAUCAUCCCGAGGUUAAGAGAACUUGUCUAUCAUAAAGACCAUCUUGUCGCAUACAAUUCCAUGGUUUCUCUAGACAAAAUUCUCAAAGAUCAGGGCGGUUUCACCGUAGACAACUCAAUCACUCUAUAUUUGCUAAGAAACCUGUUUAAAUUUUCGAGCUGGGAAAAAAGUCUCAUCAUUCGGGUGAUUUGCCAAAGCUCUUUAAAACUCAACCAUUCGAAAAUAAUAGACCUGUUCAAUCUGCUUGAUCCCUACCUGGAAAGUUCAGAUCCCAUUCAGGUCCUCGCCAUAUCUAAACUGUUUCUUAAACUGAGUACAUACGGAGACAUUUAUCAUCAGCCAGUCGUUAACCGCCUAAAAAAGCCCAUGAUGAACGCUUUUAUCUAUGCGAAAACCGAUGAAAUGGCAUUUGUUCUCCUGAAGCACCUUAAAUUGUUGGUCUGCGCGGACCCACAUUCUUAUGCUACAGAAGUUAGACACUUUCUACCCAAUCUAGAUGAUCAAAUCUACCAAUACACUGUCAAACUUCAAAUCCUGCAGUUGCUCAUUCCAGUGUUGAAUUUAGACCAAUUAAUUCAACUGGUCAUCUGUCUCGCGUGUGUCAUUAUCCGGGGUACCUCCAUUUGUAAAUUGGCAUGUCAAACCCUGAGCAAGUGUCUGACCAGGUCAGACAUAGAUCUCCCAUACCCAAAUUCAGCACUGCUUCAAGAUGCCUUUUCGUUCUCACCGCUCCCCUGCCAAGUUCAUGCCUCAACACUUAGAGAAUAUCUCUUGAACAAAGUCAUCCUUUUGCUCAACUGUUCCGAAAAAGUGGUCUUAGCUGCUGCAUCGCGUUUACUUGUUUGUUUCCUACGAAACGGAUGCCUGUCAUGCAACGCCUACCUUUUCAACUUCAUACCGUGUUCACCACAUUUCACUCUAGACCCAGACAUUUGCUCGGCUAUAAUAUGGAUCAUGGGAGAGCUAGGACAACAUAUCAAAAAAUCCACCAAGGUACUCGAGCAAGUAGCUAAAGAGUACUGUCGCCUAACGCCUGUAUGCAAAUUAGAACUUCUGAACGCGUCAGCCAAACUGUUCUUCAAACGUCCUUCUGUCAGAUCUAAAUCCACCCUUCUAUCUGUCUUGGAUCUAGCCGUCCAAGACAGCCUCAUACCAGAACUUGUGGAAUAUGCGCCCAUCAUCAGCAAUUUGAUCCGCUUUAACACUCGACUCGCGAAAAGCAUUUUCAAAACACCCCAAAACCCAAUUUCGUUGAACACCGACAUCUUCGACGUCUCUAGCUCCGAUCUGCUAAAAAACCAUUUCGACACCUUAACCAUCGUCCUAGAACAAGGCAAACAUGGACGGCUCAUCAGACUUAGUGACGAAACUAUAAAAUCCUCUAACCUCUUUGCUGAAUGUCAAAAAAUACUCCUCAGCUACAACAAACGUCGAAACCUAAUACAGUCUAACCCCACAAAUGUACCCUCAGACUCGGACUCGGACGAAGCUAUUACUAACCCGACGUCCUAACGGCUGAGACGUUCGCCAUCCUAACCAAUGUCAAGACAGACAGAAACUGAUAUUCAUUUUGCAAGAAGCCAAAAAUAUUACAAUAUACAUUUUUUAUAAAUCAUGU